AUGGAUCACGCGAACUUCUCAGCAAAGUUGGAGCCCUUCUUGUUGAUGUCCAAGUCGGUCAAAGGGGCUGCAGCAGCCAAACUGAUUCAAGAUGCCACUGCUGCACCAGGAGUCUUCGUAUUUUCAGAGUUGCUAGAACUUCCCAACAUUCAGGAGCUGGGAAAAAGCGAACAACACCGAAAGUUCCUGACAUUGCUCCAACUCUUUGCAUUCAAGACUUAUCAAGAUUAUCUUCAACACAAGGAUGCUCUACCACCCCUGAAUCAAGCUCAAAUCAUCAAGCUGAAGUAUCUAACAAUCGUUUCACUAGCUGCUGAGAGACGGAUCCUUCCUUAUGCAGACUUGCUCAAGGCCCUUGAUAUCUCAAGUGUUCGCGAACUCGAAGAUCUCAUCAUUGACGCCAUCUACCUCGACCUUCUUCAAGGAAAGCUAGAUCAGAAAGAGGAGCAAUUGGAAGUGACGUACACGGCGGGACGCGACCUCGAACCAGGCAAGCUAGAGCAGGUUUUGGCGGCAUUGAAGGGCUGGGCCAAUACAACCUCCGCUGUCCUCACGACGCUUGAUGCAAAGAUCAACUCAAUAGCCGCGGACACUGCUGCGCAGAAGCUCAACCAACAAGAACACGAGCGGAUACUGCAGGCACACCUGAAGGAAGUCUUCGAGAAACAAAAAGAGAAGAGCAUGGGUGGCGGCAUGGCAAGCAGGCGGGCGGCUUUCCAGAUGGGCGAUCGGGAGAACAUGAUGGACGUGGACGAGCCAGAUAACAAAGGCAAAAACCGAAACAUCAUCGACAUCGACACCGUCGACACCGUGUCAAAGGACCCAGGCCGACUGAUGCUCCAAGGGGCCUGGCGCAGGAAGCGUGGCUUACACAUUGCAAUGCGGCAGUGCUUCGACGGGUGUUAUGAACGAUAUCGUAUUAUCGGUGUUCUAAUAUUAAUACCUAGCACCAAUACCGCGCCCGAGGCCCCUUAUCCUUCCACACCUUCUAGCGACCGUGUACCAGCUUCUGCGGCUCGCCCUUCUCGCCGCCCUCUGAGCUUCAGGUCCUCCCACCAUGUCAGAAGUCAUCGAAGUCGUCGCGAUCAACCCACCGCCAAUCGAACCUCAGCCACUUGCAUCACAUCACCCCAACGAACGGCCAAGACCUACGCCACGACAGCAGAGGCCAUCGCCAACUUCAAGCCUACCUCACAGCAAGUCAUUAGUGGGAUCGCUCCGCACGUGUUUGACGAACGCCGCCGCCGGCGGAGUCAGCGGCGCGCGUCUUAUCCACGCUGGUAUGGUACGAACGCGAAUACUGGGAAGCGACCUUCGCCACUACGUGGGGCGAUGGUCAUCUCGUGGGACGAGCAUUCUAUCUACCUAGAGCAAUCAGACCCACAGCGCUGUUCCACGACCUCCACUGUAUCGCCAGAAGAGACCACCAAGUCGGAGGCGCUUGGCCCCGACCAACACGCCGCUGAGCAAACCGACGCGGGGAUCAACUCGCAUAGUCCAUCCGUCAAGAUAAGCAAGUCGGGAAGGCGUUAUUUCCGCGUCGACACGCAUUUGUGUAGGACGCUCAUCGUCAAGUUAAAGAUUGCCACCACUCUACACCCGUCCAUCAAGCCCACAUAG